AUGGCUGCGCUGCCGUCGGCCCUGUGGCUGGUCGUCGUGGGAGCUCUUGCUUCCUGGGGAUUUGGAUGGGGAACAGGUGCUAACGAUGUCGCCAACGCCUUUGGCACAUCCGUGGGCAGCAAGACUCUGACCUUGAAGCAAGCUGUGAUCAUUGCGGCCAUCUUCGAGUUCGCUGGUGCUCUAUUGCUUGGACGUGUGAGCACCAACACCAUCGCUGGAGGAAUCGCGUCCAUCACCGCGUUCCAGAGGCAGCCCGAGGUGUACGCAUACGGGAUGUGCUGCGCCCUCGGAGUGGGCACCAUCUGGCUGAUCAUCACGUCGAAGAUGGGACUGAACGUGUCGUCCACCCACUCCAUCAUUGGAGGCAUCAUGGGCUUUGCCCUGGUGUAUGAAGGCGCUGCAGGAGUGACCUGGGCCGUGCGCGACCCUGGCGCCUUCCCUCCCUACAAGGGAGUGGUGGCCAUCAUCCUGACAUGGUUCAUCGCCCCAGUGCUGACCGGCCUGGUGUCAGCCGUCAUCUUCCUGCUCGUGCGCACUCUGGUGCUGCGCCGCAAGUUUGCCUACACAAUCUCCUUCUGGCUCUUCCCUCUCCUUGUCCUCAUCACUGUGUUCAUCAACGUCUUCUUUGUGUUCACCAAGGGUGCCAAGAAGUCCAUCUCCGCUGACGACUGGUCCGACGGCAAGGCCGCCUGGAUCGCCUUCUGCGUUGCUGCCGGCCUCGCUCUCCUGACCGCUGCCAUCAUCCUUCCCCUCCUCAAGCGCAUGGACAUCGAGGCAGGACCCAAGCCCACCAACGGCGCCAACGGAUCCGUGCCGGUCGUCGAGGUGUACAAGGAGCUGAGCUGGGCCCAGAAGGCGUCCAAGGCUGCCAUGCACGGCAUGAACGUGGACAUUCACCACCGCUUGACGCACGACGAGCACCUCAAGGCCAUCCACGACCGCGCCAAGAUCUUCCAGCCCAAGGUAGAGUACACCUUCAAAUACCUCCAGGUCUUCUCCGCCAUCUGCGUGAUCUUCGCGCACGGCGCCGGCGAGGUGGGCUACAUGGCCGGCCCCCUGGCGACCAUCUGGGACGUGUACCAGAACGGAGCGCUGUCCAAGUCAGUCUCCCCUCCCGUCUGGGUCAUCCUGAUCGGCGCCUCCGGCCUUGUGGUUGGCCUCGCCACCUACGGCUACAACGUCACCCGUGCGAUGGGCGUCCAGCUGGCCAAGCUCACCCCCACCUGGGGGUUCUCCGCCGAGCUCGCCACCUCCUUCACCAUCAUGAUCGCCGCCCAGUAUGGUCUGCCCACCUCUUCCAGCCAGUGCAUUACGGGCACUGUCAUUGGCGUGGGCCUGUGCGAGAACAUCAACGGCAAGGGAGUCAACUGGUGCCAGUUCCUGCGCCAAUUCGCCUCCUGGGUCGCCACCCUGUUCCUCGUCGGCUUUGGCACUGCCGCCGUCUUCGCCCAGGGUGUGUACGCACCAUCAGUGGUGGAGGGCCGCGAUGUGAUCACCUACGAGAAUCGCAUUGCCAACCUGACCACCAACCUGUCCAAGGAUUUCAACACCACGCUGCUGUCCUACCGCAACGCGUCCGCCUCCAACGCUCUCCCCCUGCUGCCCCCCGCUCAGUGGGAAGCCCUCAACAAGACCGUCACAGAGGCGAACACCAAGGCCAAGAAGCAGGUCGACCCCAAGUACACCCAGUCAGUGACGCCCAACGCCGUCCUGGACUCGCUGUACAAGGUACUCUCCCUUUACCAGCAGAACACGGUGUUCACCCUGGGCCAGAACACUGUCUACAACGGCUCCGCUGUCUGCAACAACAACGACACGGCGACCAUUGCCAGCAACACGCUUUCGGCCUGCAAGGCACCCAAGCCGCUGACGACUGCCUACCAGACCAAAUUCCCUUGA